CGCGUCGCCCGCUGUCGCACCCGCCCCGCGUCCCCCGCGUCGCCCUGCCCCGCUCGGUCGCAGUCGGCGCCAUGUCGUUUAUCUUCACGUGCGGCGUGCAAGGCUGCUCCAGCGCCGCCAACGAGAGCAACGACUCCUUCAAGUUCUUCCGAGUGCCAGCGAAUCCCGUCACGGCCGAGAGAUGGCAGACGCUGGCCGGGCGGCAGGACAUGGAGCUGGCGGCGUUCCGGCGCAUGUACAUCUGCCAGAAACACUUCCAACCCGAUUGUUUCCGCAAAGACCUGAAGAGGCUCAAGAACAGCGCCUCCCCCUGCGUGAACCUGGCCCAGAACAAAACCUUAACGGUCAACAGAGGUACGCAAUAUGAAAAUCUCGCAAUGGAUGUCUUCUACACAGAUACGCGCCAAGAUUGCAAAUUAAAUCGGGACACAUUUUAUAACCUUUGUGACGAAUUUCUCAACAAAGAAAUCGCUAAAAUUGUCAAAGAGCAGGUCGAUUUUAAAUUUAAGUUCGCCGGUGAAAAAUACGAUAGCGACUUCAAGUAUUUCUGCCUAAAAUUCUACUACACUUGCCCCGCUAGCUAUUUGGCGUUACAGCCGUCUAUGAACUUGCUGGAUAAAAAAAGUUUAAUGACUGUAAUGAUGACGACGUUUAUAGGCGAGCACGAUAAGUUGUCCAAGAUCCUCUAUGCCAAAUUUGAGUGUAUGUCACCUUUGGAGAAGAACGCCGUCUUACUGGUCGGUUUUACGGAUGUCAAACCGCACUAUUUCUAUCACAUCUCGGAAGAUAAGGUCUAUGGCUUUACUGAUAAUUGUGGGACACAAAGUCUUCAACCGGCUUGUGGAGCGAUAGUCCUCAUCGCGCGAGGCAUUUACGAGCCCUGGAUCCUUCCGAUCGACUACGUUCUUUUACCGGCGGGGGACGAAAAUAACAUCAAAAAUGUGAUUUCUUCAUGGUUAUAUAAAACAAUUCAUAUGUUGCUACAUGUAGGCCUCAAUAUUCGAAUUUGCAUCUCUAACCUAAGCGCUGACGCAAUCACAAAAGAUUCCGCCGUUCACAAGGUGACUAGAGAGCAACCUUUCUUUUUCGUCGAAUCAAAACAAAUAUAUUACAUGAAAGAUCCCACGAUUACGAUAAAAAAAAUUCACAAGCAUUUCAUGAGGCAUGACGUUUAUAGUCAUGAUUGGAUAGCCAAAUGGAAGAAUAUAGUGGAGUUUUAUGAUCUUGACAGUAAAAAAAAAUAUAGACUUGCGUCUGCAUUGCGUGCAGAGCACGUCAGGCCCACUGGAAACGAAAUACCAUUUUCUUCCGUUCUGAAUACCUUCAGCGAGGCAGUUGCUGCGGGAAUGUCCGCGUACGUUGACUCAGGGCAGAUGGAGCAAGAAGCGCGUGGCACAGUACUUUUUUUGAGCAUAAUGAGCAGGAUGAUCGAUUUUACCCGUUCAUCUAACGCUCCAAACUGUAGUGAGUUUAAAAGACCGUUUACCGGUUCUGAUAAUCAAAUGGAUUUAAUAUAUGAUGCGUUGGCAAUGUUCCGAGAUUUUGAAAACAAUGCAGAUAACUUAGAGUUUGUAACAGAUAUUCAAAUAGCCAUCAGGUCAUUACUGUUGUUAAAUGAAGAUUUAACCUUAGAAAACUAUCCUAAGUUAUUCACCAAAAACAUCAACUUUAACACAAUGACAAUUUUUUUUGAUUUGGUUUCUAAAAAAAACUGCAAAUCAGGACAGAUAUUGCCAUGGAGGUUAGUUGAUACAUUUCGCACCAAUUUUUGUAGGUAUCUCGUAAACACACCUAAGUAUAGAGACUGUCCAGAGGCAUUAAGUGGAGUAUUUUUUGAAUACCUUCAUAAAGUACCUAAGGACCAAAAGGCACUCAAAAACGAGAACGAAGGACUUGGAGCAUUUAAAAAUACAAUCACGACAUUCAAAAAUUCAGAUGUAAAUAUGCCUGUUAAGAUAUCCGAUUAUAAAGAUUUCAAAAUACCGAGUAAAAAUCAAUUGCAAGCAAUAAGUGCAUUUGUGCUUAAAAAAUGUCUCGAAAAACACUCUACCUGUGUUCUGCCCAAAAAAAUGGGUAGAAAAAAAGUGGAAUCAAUCCCCAGUUGCUUGAAUCGGUAUCCUCAAUUCACGAUGGGCUCUGAACCCGAUCAAGUGAUUCCAGACCAGGGUUUCUUGCGAUUGAUUGCCGAGUUAGAGAACGACCUGAAGGUGCACUGCGACACCCACAUGAUGAGCUCCUUCUGGAUGCUGAAGCUGAUGCAGUUCAGCAGGUUCACCGGCGACUCGUACCAGCGCCCGUGCCACUGCUUCCCAGUCGUCUACCUAACAAAAUUGUAUUUCAGGAUUAGGUUAUCACAAAUCCUUAAGAUGAAUAACAAAAUUUUUAAAACUACUUCAUUACAGUUUGCUUCAUAUCGCAGUUUGCCUUAUUUCAAGUACAUUAAGCCCAGCCUUUCUUAAUUAUGUAUCACGAAUUUCAUUAUUAUUGAUUAAAGAAUUAUUCUUUCGAGAUAA